UUCUGUUUUUGUUUUCAGAACUCUUCAUCUUGGCUAAUACCUAUCAUGCCUGACAUGCUGCGACACAUUUUUCAGUUUUGUGUUUUAGAAAGCAGCCAGGAAAUUCUGGACCUCAUUCUUAAGGUUUGGAUGGAAUUGUUGAGCAAGGCUUCAGUUCAGUAUGUGGUGGCAGCUGCUUGUCCGUGGAUGGGUGCUUGGCUUUGCUUAAUGAUGCAGCCUUCUCAUUUACCUAUUGAUUUAAAUAUGUUGCUGGAAGUAAAAGCUAGAGCCAAGGAAAAAACAGGUGGUAAGGUACGCCAAGGCCAAAGCCAGAGCAAAGAAGUACUUCAGGAGUACAUUGCAGGUGCAGACACCAUCAUGGAAGAACCUGCCACUAGGGAUUUUGUGGUUAUGCGGGCCAGAAUGAUGGCAGCCAAGUUGUUAGGAGCGCUCUGUUGCUGUAUUUGUGAUCCAGGUGUAAAUGUAGUAACCCAAGAAAUUAAACCAGCUGAAUCCCUUGGGCAGUUACUACUCUUCCAUUUGAACUCUAAAUCUGCCUUACAGAGAAUUAGUGUUGCUUUGGUAAUCUGUGAAUGGGCUGCUUUACAAAAGGAGUGUAAAGCUGUUACCCUAGCUGUGCAGCCACGUUUACUUGAUAUCCUUUCAGAACAUUUAUAUUACGAUGAAAUUGCCGUUCCAUUCACACGAAUGCAAAAUGAGUGUAAACAGCUUAUUUCUUCAUUAGCUGAUGCACAUAUUGAAGUUGGUAAUAGGGUAAACAACAGUGUUUUUACAAUAGACCAAGCAAAUGACCUGGUCACUACUGUUUUUAAUGAAGUCACAUCAUCUUUGGAUUUAAAUCCUCAAGUGUUACAGCAGUUAGAUAGUAAACGACAGCAGGUUCAAAUGACAGUUACAGAGACCAACCACGAGUGGCAAGUGUUGCAGUUGAGAGUGCAUACUUUUGCUGCAUGUGCAGUUGUGAGCUUGCAGCAGCUUCCAGAGAAAUUAAAUCCUAUCGUAAAACCAUUAAUGGAGACAAUUAAAAAAGAAGAGAAUACACUAGUACAAAACUAUGCGGCUCAGUGCAUAGCCAAACUACUUCAGCAGUGCACAGCAAGGACGCCCUGUCCUAAUUCAAAAAUUAUCAGAAACCUCUGUAGCUCACUUUGUGUGGACCCAUAUCUAACUCCUUGUGUCACAUGUCCAGUACCAACACAAAGUGGCCAGGAAAAUUCUAAAGGAUUGAACUCUGAAAAAGAUGGAAUGCACCAUACUGUCACUAAGCACAGAGGUAUAAUUACACUCUACAGGCAUCAGAAAGCUGCUUUUGCUAUCACAAGUAGGCGAGGUCCGACCCCCAAAGCAGUAAAAGCUCAAAUAGCAGAUCUUCCUGCAGGAAGUGGUGGAAAUACCCUUGUUGAACUUGAUGAGGCCCAGAAGCCUUACGUGGUACAACGGAGAGGAGCUGAAUUUGCCUUGACAACUAUAGUGAAGCAUUUUGGUGGUGAAAUGGCAGUGAAGUUGCCACAUCUCUGGGAUGCUAUGGUUGGUCCACUGAGAAAUACAAUCAACAUAAGUAAUUUUGAUGGGAAGACCCUCCUGGAAAAGGGAGAUGGCCCUGCCCAAGAAUUAGUGAAUUCUCUGCAAGUUUUUGAAACAGCAGCAGCUUCAAUGGAUUCUGAGCUUCAUCCCUUGUUGGUACAGCAUUUGCCUCAUCUUUAUAUGUGCCUUCAGUACCCCAGCACUGCAGUGAGGCACAUGGCUGCUCGUUGUGUAGGCAUCAUGAGCAAAAUAGCUACUAUGGACACAAUGAAUAUUUUUUUGGAGAAGGUUCUUCCAUGGCUGGGAGCAAUUGAUGACAAUAUCAAACAAGAGGGUGCGAUUGAAGCACUUGCAGGCAUUCCAGACCCUCCAAAUAUGUCAGAAGAAUUAAUCCAAUUGAAAGCCAAGGAGCGACACUUUUUGGAGCAAUUGUUAGAUGGGAAAAAGUUAGAAAAUUACAAAAUUCCAGUACCAAUCAAUGCAGAACUCAGAAAAUAUCAACAGGAUGGUGUGAACUGGUUAGCAUUUCUUAAUAAGUAUAAACUUCAUGGGAUUCUGUGUGAUGACAUGGGUUUAGGAAAGACUUUACAGUCCAUCUGCAUAUUAGCAGGAGAUCAUUGUCACAGGGCCCAAGAAUAUGCAAGAUCAAAAUUGGCUGAAUGUAUGCCACUCCCUUCAUUGGUAGUUUGCCCACCAACAUUAACAGGUCAUUGGGUGGAUGAAGUAGGUAAAUUUUGCUCCAGAGAAUAUCUCAAUCCAUUGCACUAUACUGGACCUCCUACUGAAAGAAUAAGGUUACAGCAUCAAGUAAAAAGGCACAAUCUUAUAGUGGCUUCGUAUGAUGUUGUCAGGAAUGACAUAGAUUUCUUUAGAAAUAUUAAAUUUAACUACUGUAUUCUUGAUGAAGGCCAUGUCAUCAAAAAUGGAAAAACAAAAUUGUCAAAAGCAGUAAAACAACUGACUGCUAAUUACAGGAUUAUUCUUUCUGGAACACCAAUCCAGAACAACGUUUUGGAGCUGUGGUCAUUAUUUGACUUCCUCAUGCCAGGAUUUUUGGGGACUGAACGCCAGUUUGCUGCUCGAUAUGGUAAACCUAUAUUAGCAAGCAGGGAUGCUAGAAGUUCCAGUCGAGAACAAGAAGCAGGUGUUCUUGCAAUGGAUGCUCUGCAUCGUCAAGUCCUUCCAUUUCUUUUGAGAAGAAUGAAAGAAGAUGUUUUGCAGGAUCUUCCACCUAAAAUUAUUCAGGACUACUAUUGCACUCUUAGUCCUCUCCAGGUUCAGCUUUAUGAGGAUUUUGCUAAGUCUCGUGCCAAGUGUGAUGUUGAUGAAACAGUUUCUUCAGCUGCACUUUCUGAAGAAACUGAAAAACCAAAGCUUAAAGCUACAGGCCAUGUAUUCCAGGCAUUACAGUACUUACGUAAAUUGUGCAACCAUCCAGCAUUAGUCUUAACACCUCAACAUCCAGAGUUCAAGAGUACUACUGAAAGACUGGCAGUUCAGAAUUCUUCUCUUCAUGAUAUUCAGCAUGCCCCCAAACUCUCAGCUUUGAAACAAUUGCUUUUGGACUGUGGUUUGGGAAAUGGCAGCACUUCAGAGAGUGGCACAGAGUCUGUUGUGGCCCAGCACAGGAUACUGAUCUUCUGUCAGCUUAAAAGCAUGCUUGAUAUAGUAGAACACGAUCUUCUCAAACCUCACUUACCCUCUGUCACUUAUUUGAGAUUAGAUGGCAGCAUACCUCCUGGUCAGAGGCAUUCCAUUGUUUCACGGUUUAACAAUGAUCCAUCUAUAGAUGUUCUCUUACUUACAACUCACGUUGGUGGCCUGGGGCUUAACUUAACAGGCGCUGACACAGUGGUAUUUGUGGAACAUGACUGGAAUCCCAUGCGUGACCUACAAGCCAUGGACCGGGCCCAUCGCAUUGGGCAGAAACGUGUGGUUAAUGUGUACCGAUUGAUAACCAGAGGAACACUGGAAGAAAAAAUAAUGGGUUUGCAGAAAUUCAAGAUGAACAUAGCAAAUACUGUGAUUAGCCAAGAGAAUUCUAGUUUGCAGAGUAUGGGGACAGAUCAACUUCUUGAUCUGUUUACUCUUGAUAAGGAUGGCAAAACAGAAAAAGCUGAUACCUCUUCUUCUGGAAAAGCAAGUAUGAAAUCAAUUCUUGAAAACCUGAGUGAUCUUUGGGAUCAAGAACAAUAUGAUUCAGAGUACAGCCUGGAAAAUUUUAUGCAUUCUCUCAAGUAACUAUCGAAUAUUGUAAAUGCAAUCGCUGCUAGUUCAGUUACAUUUCUGCUGAUAUUCAGCAAAUUUCAAUGUUUAUGGUGAACUUUUAGCUCAAUGUGUAAAUAGAUCUGAAGAAUAUACAGCAUAACGCUGGUUCUUGUUUCACUGGGGGGAACAAGUUAUUCUCAAAUAUUUGCACUGUAUUAAAUUUAAAUGUUAAUGUGAAAUGGUUUAAAUUUUAUGUGCUGAAUAGCUGCAAAGCAGAGGAACCAAACCAGGUUUACAUGUACUAUCAUGAGGUGUUCUUGCUGGAGCCUCCUGUCUACAUAGUCACUUUGUACAGGAUAGUAUCCAUGAGUACUUUAGUAGUUUCAUGUACAUUUUUUUCUUUUAAAUAGAACUUGUUUUUAUAAAUGAUUAAAAAUAGGGUUUUUGUAUAAAAGCCUUAAUGAGCCAUAAUUUUAAGAAUAAUGACUACAAUAUUGGUCACUCUUAGAACAGGAAAAUCUCAGACAAUGAAUUGAACUGGGCCCUUGGAAACCUUUAUAUAUUUAAUGCAUAUGCAUAGCAUUUUUCAAAUCUUUAACAUCAUUUUGACAACUUUUAAAAUAUAUCAACCUCUCUAAAUACAGGUAAUAAAGUCUAUUUAAGGCUAUCAUAGCAUCCUAAUAAGAGGGUGUGUUUUAAUUUAUCUAAUGGCUAGGAUAUAGCCAGAUUCAGAGAACAUAUGUACUCAAUAGGUUUCAACCAUAUAUAUAUAAUAUAUUUUUUGUAACUAUGAUAUAUACAGUUUUCCAGAAGUAGAUUUUACACUGUUUAGAAUUCAAAAACCUAUGCUGAAAAGACUGUUUAUUGUAGUAAUGCAUGACUAAAACAAAAGGGAGAAUAAAUGAUUCCUUUUUAUACACAAACAUACAUAAAUACACAUAUCUAUAUGCACAGACAUACCUAUCCUGUAUCUGGACAGGUGCUUGGUAUUGGCACUAAAAUCAGGUAGUUAUACGGGGCAGCAAUAAUUGGGCUUGCAGGUGACUAGUGUUAGACAAGUGAGCUCCAUGGUGAGGGUGGUAUAUGUAUAUAGAUAUGCAUGUAUGUGUAUGUAUAUAAUUUUAUAAAUUUCACACAUAAAUUAAUACAUGCCUGUGUGCAUAUACUAUGUAUGGAAUCUAUUUGUAUAUACAUGUACAGGUAAUAAACAUCCCCAAGGUUUGUGGCUGGCCAUACACAUAGGCACCGGUUUAAAAACCACCAGACCUCAGCUAUGUAAUAACUUUUUUGUUUAAAAAUCAUUAAAGUUAUAUUGUUCUGCAGCAUUUAGACAUGGACAUUCAUCACAUUUCAGUAGCCUUGACAACCAUACUGUAACAUUAAAACUAGCAUUCCACAAGAGAAUAAAAAUGAAACUGUAAAAUAUCUGCAACUGUGUAUUAUUUAUGGGAAAUGAGCACUAGAAAAAGCAAAAGAUUAAAAUAACUAGUUCAUAUAUAAAGUUUCUAAAAAAAAGCUCAAUGCCUUUUUUUGUACUAAUGGUCAUUUUUUUUUUAGGAUUCAUAUUCAAAUUGUAGAAGACCAAAAGGAAAGUAGUGGCUUUACACAGAACAUCCACUGUGCAUAGCACUGGGCAUCUGAGCCAAUAUACCUGUUGAAUCUGCUGUUUCCAUAAAACAGCCUAUUUCAUUUAACAUAGCUAAUAGUAAUUGACAUUUUCUUAAGAAUAUGUAAAGAGCAAUAUAUAAUUAAAAAGGCAGAAGAAUUCACACCAUCAGUUGUUUUUCCAAUGUGAAAGUUCAGAGUCUAGGAAGUUAGGUAUUUAGGAAGUUUAAAUUUUAAAAGAGUAAAAUAUUUCUAGAAGUAUAGAUAGGAAAAUGAUAAUAGUGAUUGCCUCUGAGUGGAAAAAGAUAGAUAGUAAGAGGUAGUGUGGCACAACAUUUAAAAAAUAACGUUUUUUGAGUUGUGCAAAAUUAAAUCACACAUUCCAGAUUUCCAAAUAAAAACACAAACAGGUAAGAACUAAGUACAAUUGACCCUUGAAUAACAUGGGGGUUAGGGAUGCUGACCCCCCUCUACACAGUGGAAAAUCUGUAUAAAAAACUUAACUACUAAUAGCCUACUGUUGACCAGUUAACACAUAUUUUGUAUAUGUAUUUAUAAAUCUGGUAUCAUGAAAUGGUUUGUAAGUUUUGAUAAAUUUUACUUUCUUAUAAUAGAUUUAAAUAUAUAUUGUGCAUUCAUGACUUAUUUUUUCUAUAUUUCUAGUCUAUGCAGUUUGCCAGUUUUUUCAAAUCAUUACAAAUCUCCAAAAUAUUUUCUAAUACAUUUAUUGAAAAAGAUCCACAUGUAAGUGGACCCAUGCAAUUCAAACCAUGUUUAAAGGCCAACUGUCAUCUCAAUUAAGUGCCCCAGUUAGAGUCACAGUAGUUAAAGAAUAAUGGAUACAUGGGGAAAAUUGAAUAGUGAAUGACAUUAAAAAUUCUUAUAGCUGUUAA